AUGGCAGAUACUACCAACAAAGAGGUGCCUUUGCACUCAGUACAAGUUGAGGCAUUGGUCGUCAUGAAAAUUGUAAAGGCCUGCGCCGCAACCUACCCAACUACAGCUACCGGAUCGAUCGUUGGCAUGGACUCAAAUGGAACUCUUCAAAUUACAAACUCCUUUCCAUUCCCCACAGCAGACGUCGUAGCCUCGGAUUCCCACCCAAAUGACCACAUGGCCGCCUCGAACAUUGCUGCCGCAGCUCCAAGAUCAAAGGCCAACAUUGUUUACCAAAGUGAUAUGAUCAAAAUGUUGAAGGAAGUCAAUGUCGAUGCGAAUAACGUUGGAUGGUACACGAGUGCAAACAUGGGUAACUUUAUCAAUACCAGUUUGAUCGAAAACCAAUUCUUCUACCAAAAGGAACCAAAUGAGAGAACCGUUGCGCUCGUCCACGACGUCAGCAGAAGUUCCCAAGGUGCUUUGAGUCUACGUGCUUUCAGACUUUCUCCAAGCUUCAUGACUGCUUACAAGGAGGGCAAAUUUACCACCGAGAAUAUGCAAAAGAUAAAACUCACAUACAAAGACAUUUUGAUCGAAUUACCAAUCAUCGUCCACAACUCCCAUCUUUUGACCUCCUUCUUGCACCAAUUGCCAGCCGAACUACCAAAGAAAGACCUCGAAUUUCCCGCCAGUCUCGCAGACCUCACCCGAAACACACCACAAACUCCACUUUACCCUAACUUGGAAUCCUUGGACUUAUCCAUUGACCCUUACUUGGAGAGAACUUGUGAUAUGCUUUUGGACAGCAUCGAGACUCAUUACACCGAGCUUAACAACUUCCAAUACUUCCAAAGACAAUUGGCUCGUGAGCAAACCAAGGUUACAGCAUGGAAGACAAAGCGUACGGCGGAGAAUGCUACUAGGGCUAUACAGAAACUUGCACCUCUACCCGAGGACGAGUGGGAGAGACUAUUCAAGCUUCCCAUCGAACCCAGCAGAUUGGAGGGUAUGUUGAAUGCACGACAAGUGGAGCAGUACUCAAAUCAAGUGGAUGGCUUCACUGCUAGCAUCACCGGAAAGAUGUUUGCAGUAAAGAGCAACCUCUUACCAGAGCAAUCUUAG